AUGGCAAGCUCUAAGGUCUUAGGGAUUGCUCUCUUUGCUUUGUUCAUUCUCGACCUUGCAUUUGCUGCCAGGGUCCCAGAAAGGGCUCCUGCCGGAGGAGGUGGGGGUGGCGGAGGAGGGGGUGGCGGCGAAAAGGGUGGCUCUGGGUUCGGGUCUGGCUCCGGUGGUGGCGGUAGUAAUGGUGGAGGAGGUGGUGGAGGUGGAGGAGGUGGUGGAGGUGGAGGUUCCGGUGGUUUUGGAUGGGGUUCCGGUGGAGGAGGUGGAAGUGGAGGAAAAGGUGGAGGUGGUGGUGGUGGUGGUGGAGGUGGCGGAGGAGGUGGUAAUGGAACUUCUGGGUCUGGAAGUGGAUCAGGUUGGGGUUGGGGUGGUGGAGGACAUAAAAAGUCCCCUUCACCUAAGUGA